GUGCGCGCGGGAGGUGGCGGCGGUGGGCGGCCCGCGGGCUCAGUCAGAGGAUGGCCGCGGCCGCGGCGGGAGGAGCCCCCGGCCCGGCCCCCGGCCCGGGCCCGGCCGCCAGGGCCCCGCCGCAGGCGCUGCGGAGGCGCGGGGACUUGCGGCGCCGCCAGGCCGCGCUCUUCUUCCUCAACAACAUCUCCCUGGACGGGCGGCCCCCGAGCCUGGGCCCGGUCGGCGAGAACCUCCCGCCGCCGCUGCCGCCCGCCGAGGCCCGCGAGCCGCCAGCGCCGCCGCCGCCGCCUCCCGGGCCCGAGCCCGCGCCGCCCGGCCCUCCCGGCAGCGCGGUCAGGGCCUCGGCGCCCCAGGGCCUGCUCAGCCCCGCGCCCGCGCCCGCCGGCCUCGGCCUGGAUGCGCAGCGCCCGAGAAGGCGAGUUGCCUCCCAGCGCUGCUCCCUCGAGUUCCUGGAAGACACCGUGGGAUGUCCCUCGGUUCAAAGAGCCAAGCACAUACCUGGAUCCCCCAGACACAAGGGCCUGAAGAAGACUCACUUCAUCAAGAACAUGCGACAGUAUGACACCAAGAACAGCAGGAUCGUGCUGAUCUGCGCCAAGCGGUCCCUGUGUGCGGCCUUCUCGGUCCUGCCCUAUGGAGAAGGCCUGCGGGUCAGUGACCUGAGGGUGGACAGCCAGAAGCAGAGACAUCCGUCUGGUGGCGUGUCUGUUUCUUCCGAGAUGGUCUUUGAGCUGGAAGGUGUGGAGCUGGGAGCAGAUGGAAAGGUCGUAUCUUAUGCCAAGUUUCUGUACCCUACCAACGCCCUGGUCACACAAAAGACAGACAGCCACGGCCCGCCACCCCAGCCCCGGACCAGCAUCCCCAGGGCUAUGCCAACAUCAAGAUACAAACCUGCUGCUGCCAAGUCAGCACCGAUCAGCACGGAGCUAGACCCCUCCCAGACCCCAGGACCAUUGCUUCCCGUUCCUGGAGAACAGCUGCAGCCCCAGCGGCUCCUGGGCGCUACACAGGUUCUGCUGAGGCUUGGGUUGAUGGGAACUGGACACCAGAGCUCGGGGCUCGUGGUGGGUCAGGGCUGCCUUCUGCCUGCAGGGAGUGAUGCAGGGGAUCCCCUGGAGUAUAACCCCAACCUGCUGGAUGACCCGCAAUGGCCCUGUGGCAAGCACAAGCGAGUCCUCAUCUUUGCAUCUUACAUGACCACGGUGAUUGAAUACGUGAAGCCCUCCGACCUCAAGAAGGACAUGAAUGAGACAUUCCGAGAGAAGUUUCCACACGUCAGACUAACACUGAGCAAAAUUAGGAGUUUAAAACGUGAGAUGCGGAACCUAUCUGAGGAGUGCAACCUGGAGCCUGUGACUGUGUCCAUGGCCUACGUGUACUUCGAGAAGCUUGUUCUGCAAGGCAAGCUCAACAAGCAAAACCGCAAGCUGUGUGCAGGCGCCUGUGUGCUGCUUGCUGCCAAGAUCAGCAGUGACCUCCGCAAGAACGAAGUAAAGCAGCUCAUAGACAAGUUAGAAGAAAGGUUCCGAUUCAACAGACGGGAUCUAAUUGGGUUUGAGUUCACAGUGCUUGUGGCCUUGGAACUUGCUCUUUAUCUUCCCGAGAACCAGGUGUUACCUCAUUACAGACGCCUCACACAGCAGUUCUAGUCUGCUGCCCACGCCACUCAGCACACGGUCUGUGGGCCCCAGGAGCUGUUCCCAGGCAGUGAAGUGCACCCCUGGCCCCCGUGGCCUCACCCUCCCAGCUGGGACACACGGACCCUGCCUUCACACUUUCUUCCUUGGGGGCUAUGCUUUCAUUCCAAAGCACCACAUCACCAUGGUAUUUUGGGGAAUAUUCCUGCAUUCUCAUGUGGACAGAAUGUGGGAUUUGUCAUUUUCCUUUUUUCACGUGCCUGAGACUGGCCUGGCACCAGGACCCGUAAUUUAUGCCUUGGAUCCUGACGUCAUGGCAUCUUUCUCCUUUGCAUUGCCUUGCCUUCCACAUACCAUCGUAGCCACUGAAUGGCAUCACAGUGGUGACUGUUUCCAGAUGCUGCUGAGCACACUCAAGUCCCUGAAGCUAAUGAAGUAAAGCAUUACUCUUGACUUUCCAAUUUCUGGAUGUGGAAAGCACUGGAACACACCCUGCCCAGCCCACUGUCCAUUCCCCUCCCAACAUCCACAAGCAAAGAGCAGACUCCUGGUUUUGAUGAGUUUUAUUCUUGGACCUGUUCUUCCAAGCAUCAUGUCACUGUGAAGUCCUCGCACCUGAGUGUUACACAGGCCAGCAGGCCUCUGCAAACACAAGCUGCUUCACCUCAUCCAGAAAACCCACUGGCCUGCGACACUGGAUCUUCAGAUGACUGCAUUGCUGGAGUGUGGCUUUUGAUCUUAUUAAGCAAUAUUAUGGCAGAAAAGCCUAUUGUCAUUUGGGAUUCUGUUCUGUAGGUGUUUCUCAUAAGGGAACACAAACUAGUUAAACGUGUGAAGCUGUGAGUUGAAACCACACUUGCUCGAGCUGCAAGGAGACUGACUACUUCACAGCCCACAGCACAGCCUCCCCAAGAGGUCGGCUCAAUGCCUUUCU